ACACACUCUUACCUCGACUUUGAAUCUGUCGGAGUAAAAAGCAACACAUUCGUGUGUUUGUUUGAUUAAAAUGGUCAAUCUGUUUGUUGACUUUUGUUUUACAUAUUUCUGAGCAUGCGCACUGACGCCCUGUGACAUUCUGAUUUACUUUUACCGGUAGUUGAUCUCCGUUGGGGAACGUUGCGUACCGGAGCCGGUUAUGGCGUCGGUGAGUCGUGCUGGAUCAUGAGGCGUCGGGAUUCGUCUUAAUUCGGGUAUUGGAGAGUCUAAGGAGACUGUGGCCAUGGCUGGGGUGUUUGAUAUCGAUUUGGACCCGCCGGAGGACAACGUGUCAGAUGAGGAGCUCUCCGACGGGGCCAAGAUUAAUGAAUAUAUAGACCAGUGCAGCGGUUUUGAGUUUAUGGAAGAUUGUGAAAAGUUUGAGAUCUCUGAAGACAGCGUAAAUCAAGGAACUGAGAAGAUUCGUCCAGAGUGUUUUGAGUUGCUUCGUGUUUUGGGUAAAGGUGGAUAUGGAAAGGUUUUCCAAGUUCGCAAGGUUGCCGGGGCAGCUUCUGGGAAGAUAUUUGCCAUGAAGGUCUUGAAGAAGGCCAUGAUUGUACGCAAUGCAAAAGACACUGCUCACACUAAAGCAGAAAGGAGCAUCCUGGAGGAAGUUAAGCAUCCCUUCAUUGUGGACCUUAUAUAUGCCUUUCAGACAGGAGAAAAACUUUAUCUCAUCCUGGAGUACCUCAGUGGUGGAGAGCUGUUCAUGCAGCUGGAGAGAGAGGGAAUCUUCUUGGAGGACACGGCCUGCUUUUACCUGGCAGAGAUUUCCCUGGCCUUAGGUCACCUUCAUCAGAAGGGCAUCAUCUACAGGGAUCUUAAACCAGAGAACAUCAUGCUAAAUUACAACGGUCAUGUCAAGCUGACAGACUUCGGACUUUGUAAGGAGUCGAUCCACGAUGGUACCGUCACACACACCUUCUGUGGAACCAUAGAGUACAUGGCACCAGAAAUCCUCACCAGAAGUGGCCAUAACCGAGCUGUGGACUGGUGGAGCCUGGGAGCUCUGAUGUAUGACAUGCUAACAGGAGCUCCGCCGUUCACAGCGGAGAAUCGGAAAAAGACCAUUGACAAAAUCCUGAAGUGCAAACUAAACCUUCCACCGUACCUCACCCAAGAGGCUCGAGACCUCCUCAAAAAGUUGCUGAAGAGAAAUGCAUCGGUACGGAUUGGAGCAAGUCCUAGAGAUGUUCUAGACAUCCAGCGCCACUCUUUCUUCAGACACAUAAACUGGGAUGAUCUGCUGGCAUUCAAAAUUGAUCCUCCAUUCAAACCCUUUUUGCAAUCCGCAGAUGAUGUUAGCCAGUUUGACUCAAAGUUCACUAGUCAGACUCCCGUGGACAGCCCUGAUGACACGAAGCUCAGUGAAAGCGACAACCAAGUCUUCCUGGGCUUUACAUACAUAGCUCCAUCUGUGCUGGAAAACAUCAAAGAAAAGUUCACUUUUGAGCCAAAAUCCCGGUCACCUCGCAAGGUUCUGGGAAGCCCAAGAACACCAGUGAGCCCGUUGAAGGCUGAAGUUGAAGACGGUUGGUCUCGAGGUCCACUUUUCCCAGAAGUGACCACCUCCUCCUCUCUCCUGCCGCCCACUGGUGCACUAAAGCAGGCGUCUAAUGUGGAGCAGAUGGACAUGAGCAGCAACAUGGAGGCCUCGGCCCCGCUCCCUAUCAAAAAACCACUGGGUUCCAACACAGGAUCCUUCAUGAAACAACCUCAUCCAGUGGGCGGCAGAAGACCCAAGCAUUUGAAGAUGAAGCUUUGAUGAACGACUUUUGAGUUUUGCACUUUAGGAAUUAGUUUGAUUGCCCAGAAUGCCUUUCUGCACCCUGUUUCAAUCUCGUAAAUACUUGCCACCUCACACAAGCAUGCAGAGCUUGUUCAGGGUUUUGUUGAUCCAAAUGCUGCUUGCUACGAAAAACACAGAGACCAGUUUUGCUCGUCAGGUGACCCCCGAGCAUGAUAUUAACGGUUUAUUCUUUAUAAUUUAUGCUCAUGCUUAAAAAAAAGCGAGAAAAUCAUAAUAUCUUCUGAUCUAUAUUUGACGUUUGCUCUGAGAUUGGGCUGCUUUGUAAUUGUGAUUUUUUUUUUUUGCAAUAGGAAUUUUUUUUUAUUACAGAGUCGAUGAAAAAUUUGGCUUUUAAUUUACUUUUCCACAAGACGUCUUUUUUUUUUUCUUCAGUAGAAUAUUAAGGAAAAUUUUUAGCUGAAACUGUUCAUUGGUUGUUGAUUAAAUGACAAUGUCAACGACUGUCAGCACUUUGAGAGUUGAGAAAACAUUUACAGGCAAAAUUAAAUAAACACUCACAGACUCCCAUGAUACAGUGAAGACUUCUGAAGAGAAUAUGAGCGAGAAACUGGACAUUAUUUACUACAUUCUUACCUUUAAUUUCUUGCACAGACCAAUUGUUUCACUUUUAUAUGGCUUCAGUGCAUCAUCAGGAGUCACAGGUAUUGCCUGCACGUGUUUUUCUGACUCUCAAAGUGUAGAUAAUCCCUAGCUUGCAUUUUAUGACCUCAGUUUCAGCGAAACAUCACCUUUAAUGUCAUACUGAAGAGAAAAAGGGCUUAGAUGGCCUGAAGGAGAAGAAAUCAACAGCCAUUUAUUAUUGCUAAUAUUAUUAUUUGCAUGAAUUAUCCCUCAAAAGGGAUAAGAGAAGAUUCUUUAUAUAUUAAAGCGGAAUUUGAUUUGUGAUGUGAUUUAAUUCCCGAGUGGUGUUAGCCGAAGCUACCAACUAUGAUAUAAGCUGUUUUUCUUUAGUAUUUUGCUCUUUUCUGUGUUGAAUGAUUUCAAAACACUUCUGUUCUUGAUUACAUUUAAAAUUCAUACAUUUGAGUCUGAAUCUACCUUGCAUUUACCUGCAACAGUCAAAUCACUGUUUUUUUAGCAUUAUUUUUUCCAAAUCAGCUGUCUGACAUGUACUUUAGUUUCCAGAAUGCAUCAUUCUGACCAAAGAAUACCUAAAAAUAGCAGAGAACACAAGAAAAAUAAACAUCAAGUGUAUAAAUACCUCCCAGCCACAUCCAGAUAUUAAUAUGCUGUUACACUUUUGUGGAAAAUAUGGGUGAAACAAAGUGUAUAUUCACUUUUCAGCGUCACCCUUAGUAUUAAAUACAGUAAGGUAUCAGAUCUAAAAUCCUUUCUGUAACAAGUAAUUCAUAAUUUAUUCAUUUUUUUCUCCUUAAAUUGUGUGUUUUGAUUUUAUUUUUCUCUUCAUGUGCCAUUUGUUUUUGUAAACUAUGCAAAUUAUUUAAUCACCACAGUCAAGAAUGUUGUUCAGGAUUUUGCUGGAUUCGAACGCAAAAACAAAACACCCUCCUUUAAUUUGUAUUAUACUGAGCUUCUUUCUAUGGUGGCGUUGGGAGUCCAAAAAAUAUAGUUUUAUUUUUCUCAAGGACUUUAAAAAUAUUGUGAUUUUUAAUAUAUUUCAGGAUGUACAUACACUAUAUAAGGAAAACAAAUAUCUACUGGGUUAUAGAAGUGUGGAAAUCUGUGGUGGAGGGGAAAUCCAGAAUGUUUAAGCAUAAUAAAACAAAACAAAAAAAACUA